UUUCACUACAAAAGACCAUUAAACGUAAUUAGAUACGCGAAAUGAACACGAUAAAAACCCCAUCAUUAAUAUGAUGUUUGCAGAGAGAGAAGUGGACAAAAAACUAAAGUCAAGAUUAAAGACUAGACAGAGAGAGAGAGAGAGAGAGAGAGAAAGAGAGAGCCACCUGAGUCUAGCUUCCUGUCCUUCAUCUGUCUGGAACUUGUCUGGGGCUUGUGAGGAGAUAAAAGUCACAAAACGCAAGAUAACUGUAUAAAAAGGUACUUGAGUGUGUUUUUGGGUAAUUCCUGUGACAUAUGCAUGGUGGACAGGUGUGGGUGUGUGAGGCACGUGUUGACCUGAAGUGACCUGUGAAAAGUAGAAUGAGGGCAGAGCAUGCGGCACCAGUCACACACUUGAUACUUAGAUAUUUGAUACACAGCCUAGGAGUGUGGCACCAUGUCGUGGAUGAGAGGUGGCAGACAGCUGGGUGUGGUGGCAGCGGCGGCAGGUGGCUCGGUGGUUGGGUUCCUCCUGGGGCGAGAUGAGCGGAGAGUGUCUGUGGAUGCUUCCUGGACCACUGGCUACACUCCCUCCGUCAAGUGGGACUGGAACUGGGACAGAAGAGAUGCUGACAGUCUAGUGAAACCUCUAAAACACAAGCCAAACUACAACAACAACAACAACAACAACCUCACCAACACCAGCCAUUUCAGCAACGACAUCAACAACAACAUGAUUGAAGCGCGAGAAGAGAAGCUGGAGAAGGAACGAGCCACAGCCUCCCGCCACCUCAUCUUUGUGCGCCACGGCCAGUACAACCUCCAGGCCUCCACAGACCAGGACCGCACCCUCACUAAAUUGGGUCGGGAUCAGGCGGCCCUCACUGGGGAGCGCCUUAAGGAACUAGAUUUGCCGUACUCUCGGUUUGUGUACUCCACCAUGACACGAGCCACAGAGACAGCCAACAUCAUCAGGGAGAAGAUUGGGGAGGUGGAGCAGAUAGACCACUGUGACCUACUGAGGGAGGGAGCACCAGUACCACCCGAGCCUCCCCUGGGAAGUUGGAAGCCAGAGAUGCACAAGUUCUACACUGACGGGGCACGUAUUGAGGCUGCCUUCAGGAAGUAUGUACACCGAGCUGCCCCCAGCCAGGAGAAGGAUAGCUAUGAAGUGUUUGUGUGUCAUGCAAACGUCAUUCGCUACUUUGUGUGCCGAGCCCUACAGCUUCCCCCUGAGGCAUGGCUGAGAAUAUCACUGCACAACGGCAGCAUAACACACUUGGUGGUGCGACCCGAUGGCAGAGUGGCACUGUGGCACCUCGGCGAGUGUGGAUACAUGCCCCCAGAAAAGAUGUCUCGCACCUAACCUAAAACCUAACCUAACCGAACCAGUGCCAUUAUGUUCCUGAUAAGUAGAGUGUUAUGUUUAUGGGAGGCAUAUCCAACCAGUGUUCAAGAUUAUUGUUGAUUGGGUUGUUUAGGUGUGCUUCAUUUGGUAAGCUGUCCUGCACCUAACCAGUGUUCCUGUUUAUAUGGAGUUUUGAGGUGUUGGGAGAGGCAGUAAGCUGUCCCACACCAAACCAAUGGCAGUACACGCCAGAUUAUGUUGAUUGGUUGAUUGAGGUGUUUGGGAGACAAUGAUUCCACUUGGGUGAUGGGAAACACACAGAGCUCUUGGUAGGGUGGAAACUAAUUGGUGUUCAUGGGCUUACAAUUUGUACAGUAGUGACUACAUAGUGUAUGGUGAUGGUGUGUAGGGAGUUGUGGGUGUCGUCAGAUGCUGGGUAAGCCAAAGACUGGGGUAGAGAGAGGCAUUUGUGAUGAAAGUUGUACUGUAUUCAUGUGUUAAAGUGUUAUGGUCCUGGAAAUACAUGGAUUAAAUCACUCUGAUGCAUAUUAUUAAGAUUGAGAAUUGCAAUUGUAGCCACUGGAAGCUGAUAAUGUGGUGAGAGUUUUGUCAGUUUACAAACAGCAACAGAUGCUUAAUGUUUGGUGAGAUAGAGGCAGAAGGUGGUAGCGAGUGUUGUGUGGCUUCACUCAGAGCUGGGAGUCUUUGGAGCCUUAAUGAAACAGGUGGUAGGAACAAUUAGAAGAGCAAGAACAGUAUUAUCACAAGUGUGUGCACCCUGCAUCACUUCUGCCACUGGUGAUGUAUGUGUGUGCAUGUGUGUAGAGAGAGCUGACUGGCUGUAUACUAGAUUAGGUAUUUGCUUGUAUAGAGAACUGUUAACUUGCAUUAUUUAUUUGAAGUGACUAUGAUCUAUCAAUUGCCAAAUAAAUGCCAAGCAGUGGUGUAAUGCCUGGUCAUACUUGUGAUAUAUCUCAUUAUUGUCUAGAGCAGUUUUUGUAAAUCCUUACCAAUAAAGUAGUUCAUGAUUAUUGA